CAACACUAACCAACAGAGGAUGUACAUUAUUAAUUGAUACUUGGUAUGAACUAUUUGCCCCUAGAGUUUGACUUACAAUUCACAAAAAGAUGAAAACAACGAAAACCAAAAGCAAGACUUCAAAUUACUGCCCAAACACACUAUUGCUGCUUUUUCUGAUGUAACACACACAUUUACUAAAGUUGACUUCCAUAUUGUGGCUCAGAUGUAAUGCAUAUCAUCAUCAUUGUAUCAGUUAUUGGUUGCGUGGGAUGCACUAAACCAAGAUUAUUAAUGCAUAUUUCUGGUUAUAUAAAGAGCCAUUUUCCCCCUUCAACCUACUUGCACCAAAAAAACAUCCUCAACAGCAGUGAAUAUAAUACAAACAAAGCCAUGAAUCUUACUAUAAAGGCUUUUUUUCUUGUUUUUCUUUUACUAUUUUGCUUCCUAUCCACAGGCAAAGUCGGCGGCUAUGGGAUUCGUGUAAAACCCAUUUUCACAAGUCACAAGGGAGAAAUGCGAGCAAAUUCAAGAAAGCUCUUUGUACUUGAUGCAGUGUUAGAUUAUGGAGAAGCAGGGGCAAAUACUAAGCAUGAUCAAAAAGGGAAAAAAGGUGGCGGUGGCAAAAAUCCCUGAAUCUCUUCAUGCAGCCUUCUAAUCGCUUGCUGUAAUACAUAACGAUUUUGAUUACAAAUGACUGCAUCAGUUAACGAGUUUAUAUCUAUACAAUAACACAGUAUCGUUCUCUCUCUCUACAUCUCUCUUGAUGGCAUGAUACAGAAAAUGGCAUAGUAUUGUAGAUGCUCUUAUGUAAAUUUUCUGUGGCUGGUCACCUUUGAAAUAACUUGGAAAUGAAUAAAAUUUGUUGCUAUCUUAAAA